CAUAUUACAACCACUUUCGUAAAGAUGGCGUUAGUGCAUACAGAAUUUUUUUUCAAGCAGUGUUGUGUUUAUUUGCGAUUCUGUGAAUUAGUUAUUUUAUCUUUUUGUUCUUACUUUCACUACAUGUGCAAUUGACGUUUGCAUUUAGUUAUCUAUUUAAAACAUAUAGUCUUAAUAUCUUGUGGAAUUUACGUUUUGACAUAUGUAUACACCAUACCAAUAGAAACAUUUUUUGACAUUACUUCAACAAAAUGAAGAAAUCUCAAAAUCUCAAAGUGAAGAAGUAUGAGAUCCUGAAACAUAUCGGGGAAGGUUCUUUUGGACAAGUGUAUAAAGCAAGAAAACGUUCUGAUGGAGAAAUCGUGGCUUUCAAGAUGAUAAGAAAGUGUGGCAGAUCGUACAAGGAGCUUAAAAGUUUACGUCAAGAGUGUGAGAUUCAACGUUAUUUGCGACAUCCAAAUAUCAUACAGAUGAUAGAUUCAUUCGAAACAGAAAAUGAGAUCAUAGUUGUGACAGAAUACGCAGAUAAAGAACUAUAUGACAUACUGGCCAAGGAAGGUAGAUUGUCCGAGGAAAGGGCACAAGUAAUAACUUGUGAUCUCGUAUCUGCUCUUUAUUAUUUGCAUUCAAAUCGAGUGAUGCACAGAGAUCUUAAACCACAAAAUGUUCUCCUGGAAGCAAAUGGUAUCGCUAAACUAUGUGACUUUGGAUUUGCUCGUAGUAUGAGCACUGGUACUCAUGUACUGACAUCAAUCAAAGGCACACCAUUGUACAUGGCCCCAGAACUCAUAGAGGAAUGUCCCUAUGAUCAUAACGCUGACUUGUGGUCUUUAGGAUGUAUUGUUUAUGAAUUAGUGGUUGGUGCUCCUCCAUUUCAAACAAAUUCAAUAUUACACCUGGUCAAAUUGAUCAGGUUUGAAGCAAUAAAGUGGCCAGACUUUAUCUCUCUAAUUUGCAAGAGUUUCUUACAGGGUUUACUUCAGAAAGAUCCUUCUCAACGAUUAACUUGGCCCGCUCUUCUUGAACAUCCAUUUGUCAAAGAUCGAAUUAUAACUGAAAUAGGUGGUACCGUACCUACUUCAUUCACAAAUCCACUAUCUGCAAGCCAAGCGAGAGCAAAGCAGCAACAAUUACAAAAUUUAGCGAUGCGUACCGCAAAUCAAUCAAAGGUCGUGGAGAAAGCAAUCAAAAAAUUACAAGAACAGGAGAGAAGACAUUAUGAGUAUCGGCAACGAACAUGUUUUUCCCAACCGGGUUAUCUGAUGUCCCCUGCUUAUUGUCAUCAUAUGAUAAACCAUUGUCAAGCAUUACGUCGCAGUGAACCAAGUGGCACUGAUUCCAGCGCUAGCAUUGAUGUGCUCUUAGGAAAUCUAAGUCUCAGGGCAUCUCUGAGAAGCGAUCUUUUAGCUGCAGAUCACGCUUUAUGUCAGAAUGACUGUCCUCAUAGCACAAACGUGCACAAUUUCCCAAUAUUAGAUGAUCACUCGAAACCUGUUCAAACGCAAACAGAUGACAGUCAUUCAGUACGACAGUUGAAUAAGGAAGUGUAUCACACUAAUGCUCAAGGUGAUGGAAUCAAUGUAGGUCAACAAAUCGAAAAAUCUUUACACGUAGAUCAAAUUGUACAUGGCGAUGGUGAUUGCAAACAAAGCUGUUUGAGCAUUGAUUACGAACAGGAAUUCGGUGAGAGAAACUUGACUGAAAAACACACGAGAUUACCAGAUUGGGAUCCAAGAGCAGUGGAGAGGCCCAUUGAAAAUGAAGAAUGGAUUGCGUUUUUACAAAGAUCAAUGGAAGAAGUUAUGGAAGGUGAAAUUGACUCAUUGCUGCAACAAAAUUGUGUCUCGGUGUUUGUUUCUCCUUUAAGAUAUCCGGCAGCCGGUUGUCGAGUUGUCGAAUAUGUAACUUGUUUAUUAUCACUGCCGUUUACUGUGUCAAUCAGCAAAGAGAAUCUCAAGAAAAUCGAACAAGUUUAUUUAGACGUAAGAGUAGUACCAAAUCUCGUUUACGCUAUAAAACUGUUGAUGUCGGAACGUUCUAAUAACGAAUUGAAUGCGACAAAUACAGUGAAUGUGGGAACGAGAUCAGCAUCUUCUUUAUCCGCCGACGAACUUCAAGCACUCGAAUGCGCCAUGCUUGUUCUUUGUAGAUUGGUUUAUAUUGAGAAUCAAUUUCUCGUACAAUUUUGCGACGCUAUUUACAUAGUGAAUGGAAUGCCACUUUUACAGCAAUUGCUAGCUUUAGAAAAAAGAAAGGCAAGGGUUGUUGCAGAUCUUGUUGCUAUUUUAAAUAAUGUUCUACGAUCUCAACCUGAAAAUGCUGAGCUUGUGGAACAAGUUGUCCUACGUACAAAAACUCCCGGAGCUUCAGUGGAACAGCUCAACAAACUUCUCAGUCAUCGACAAACUAUUCUACGAGCAAGGACAUGUACUAUGAUCAGAUUGUUAGGUAGAUUUUGCUGCAGAGCAUUACAACAAGUCUGGAAUAAGUCCUUAAGAGAUCUCAUGGAGGGCUUAACUGAGGAUGAAGAUGAACACGUUCGACACGCGGCUGAGGAAGCUGUAAAUGAAUUGAAGCAAUUAACAUAUUACAAUUAGAAAAACCUUGCCGGUUUAAGUGCCUUAAAAAAUAAGCAGAUUGUUAAGGAUGAAUUAUCAGUGCUAUUGUUGCUCAAGAAGUUUUAUGAUGCCUCAAGAUUAAAUACUUUAUUUUUAAAUAGACUGAUUAUAAAUUAUAUUUAAGAAAUGAAAUAUUUGUGAUAUUUUUAUAAAGUCAUUUAUAAAAUAAAUGUAAUUUAAAAACAA